AUGAUUGCGGCAGGAGUAACUACCAAGAGACCAAACGGAUUUAGUAUAGACUCUCUACUGGGACGUGGAACACAGACGGGAAAGGAUGACACUGUCCCACACAAACUUAGGACACCGUCCCCGGGGGAGAGCACCUCAUCGGAAACCUCAGGUGGGGAGAAGGACACUCAGCCUGCCUAUGACAGGCAACACAUCCUACAUACCUGUGUAGAAGAUAGUUCGUGUUUGCCUUGUUUUGAGGGCAGGAGGAUUCCCUCGGGACAUCAACCCUCCACCUCACUGCCCGUCCCUUCGCGUCCGUCCCCAUUGCUUAUGAGAUUCAGGGAUGACCAAAUGCCCCAUUUUCAUGAGAAAUAUUGUGCAUUAACAGGACUGCCUAUGUCAUGUUUUGGUGCUGCGGACAAUGGAGUAGGCACACGAGUCAAUGACAACUUAACAUCUUUUCCUAAUAGAUGGAGACCAACAGAAGAAGAAUUCAAUCCAUACCAAUACCAAUUGUCACUUAGUCUACCUCCAUUUAAUGUUCCAACAAUUGAUUCAGACCUGUUGUUUUCCCGUUUCCGAAAACCGAAACGGAUCCGAACAGCAUUUGCUCCGUCACAGCUUCUGCGCCUGGAACAUGCAUUCGAGAAAAACCAUUAUGUGGUAGGACAGGAGAGGAAAGAUCUCGCCUCAGACCUCCAUCUAACGGAGACACAAGUGAAAGUAUGGUUUCAAAAUCGUAGGACUAAAUUCAAAAGAAUGAAAGCAGAAGAGGAGAUGACUAGAACAUUAACAAAGACAUUUAACGGUAAUAAAUUAAAUCUCGACUCACAAAAAAGAGUUUUCCAAAAACCAAACACAGACGAUAGCUGGUGUGAAGAAUCGGAUGGAACGGACAACGAGUCAGAAUUAGAAGUGUGA